CGUGUGAGGUCAUCUCUUAUUACCAUGGACUGGACUUUCCAUUUCUUUUCUCAAACCUUUUGAGGUCUUUUUUUUUUUUUUUUGGGUUUCUCUCUUCUUGGUCUUCUUUCUCAUAUCUUGGACUCUAUCAAAGUUCAGAACGUAAAAGUUUGUGCAAUCAAACUAGAUCACCAAAGAGAGGGUUAAAAAGUGUUCUUAUUUUUGUUGUGGAGCUAUGAAGUGCUUCCCUUUCUCACUUGGAGACAAGAAAGAUGAAGCCAAGAACACUAAAUCGGCCUCACUUCGGUCCAUCAAUUCAACGUUCACCGAUGGCGAAACGAAGAGGUCAGGCUCUGAUUUGAACUCCCAGAUUGUCUCGGAUGCCAGCACCGAGUCCUUGAGGCGAAUGUCGUUUCCCAGCUACCCUCAAAGGCCCAGCAACCUCAGAGUGUUCACGGUUUCUGAGCUGAAGUCGGCUACAAAGAACUUCAGCCGCUCUGUCAUGGUCGGUGAGGGCGGAUUUGGGUGUGUCUACAAGGGGUUGAUCAAGAGUACAGAAGAUCCAUCCAAAAAGCUUGAAGUUGCAGUGAAACAACUCAGCAAAAGAGGAUUGCAGGGACACAGGGAAUGGGUAACGGAAGUGAAUCUACUCGGGGUGGUGGAGCAUCCGAAUCUUGUCAAAUUAGUAGGCUACUGUGCCGAGGAUGACGAAAGAGGAAUCCAACGCCUUCUGAUAUACGAAUUCAUGCCCAAUGGAAGCGUUGAAGAUCAAUUGUCUCCGCGUUCAGAGAGACCUCUUUCGUGGGCCAUGAGAUUGAAAAUAGCUCAGCAUGCUGCUCGCGGCUUAGCACAUCUACAUGAAGAAAUGGAUAUUCAGAUCAUUUUCCGGGACUUCAAAGCUUCGAACAUUCUUCUGGAUGAGGAAUGGAAUGCAAAGCUAUCGGACUUCGGAAUGGCUAGGCUGGGCCCAGCAGAAGGGUUAACUCAUGUCUCUACUGCGGUUGUCGGAACUAUGGGAUAUGCGGCACCCGAGUAUGUCCAAACUGGACGUCUAACAUACAAGAGCGACGUAUGGAGCUACGGUGUUUUUCUUUAUGAACUGAUCACAGGUAGGCGGCCAUUGGAUCGAAAUCGUCCUAAGGGUGAGCAGAAGCUCUUGGAAUGGGUGAAGCCUCAUCUAUCUGACGUGAAAAAGUUCCGCUUAAUAGUAGACCCCAGACUAGAAGGGAAAUACUCCCUCAAGUCGGUACAAAAGCUCGCACUUGUAGCCAACCGGUGCUUGAUCAGAUUCACAAAGAACCGGCCAAAGAUGAGCGAGGUGUUGGAAAUGGUGAACAAGAUUGCCGAGGAUACAACUGAGACAGGGAGUCCCCCGCUUCCCUUGAAGAAUCUGGCAUCAAUGGAUUCUUCCCGGGACAGUGAAGCGAAGAACAAAAGAAGAAUUAUGGAUACCAAGAGCGGGGAAAAUGCCUGGUCUUUUCGGAUGUGGAGGCCAAAGCUUUUGAGGACAUGUUGAUUGUAGAAUCUUAAAGCAAACUGGGGUCUUGUAGCUGAGGCUUUGGAUUGCAAUUAGGCAGGAAAAAUACAUGAUUUCCUAUUAAGUUCCAAAGGAAAAAUCGCGAGAAACUUGUAAAGCUGCGCGGUAAGAGAGAAGAGUUUUGGAAUCGGCUAGGUGACCAUUUUGCACAGAUGAUGAUGUUCUAAGAAAUAACUUUUCAUUAGAUGUUAAUUGUGAUCCUUAAGCUUAUAUGUCAUACUGAGAUUUUAAUACCACCAAGUCUUAUGUAUAGUGCCUUUCAAUUAUGUUUUUUGAUGUUCAGUUGUAAAACAGCCAAAGUUGAGAACAUGAGAGAUAUUGAGGGUAAAUCGUUCACAAAGAAUCGGCCAAUAAUAUUUUUAGACGUUUUCACUUGU